CCACAUCUGUCAAGUGCUAGUUUUCCUUCCAUUUUCCAUCUAGGAAAAUACAAUGUAGUGUAAUGUUCAAAAUAUUUAUGGAAUUCGCACAAAUUUGGGAGUGACUUUGUUUUGUCGUUAUUCGGUGAAGUUUAGUAUGAAUCUUUUCUUUGAAGGAAUCUACUAAGAAGCACUGAUCACACCCACAGAAGUGGAUUUUGGAUUGACCUACUAAAAGCCACUAAAAGCAACAACAAAACCAGCCAUAACAAUGCUCGGAAAAUCGAUUUUAUUUCUUGGGUUGAUCGGAAUGCUCGCCCUAAGUUCCUCGGUGGCCAGCUACGAGUUGGAAAAGGUGUACGUAUCCGAACUGUUCUCGAUUAGGGUGGAACCGCGGAAGUUCAACUGGACCUUCCAGGGUUUGACCGAGCAGUUCCAGUACCGGGCUUCGCUCGAGGGCUAUCCGGAUCUGCCCUCCUGGGUUCGGUACAUGUACAGCACUGAGUACCACUCCGGGUUCCUGUACGGAACUCCCCCGGAACAGGUGGCCGACCGAAAGGUUCCCAUUGAGAUCAUAGCGCUGAACAAGCAAACCUACGAAACGAAGCGGAUGGUGCAGAUUCUGUCGGUGCACCGGAAGCCCCCGCCGAGGAACGUGAUCCAGAUGAAGAUCGACAACCUGAACUGGGUGCACAUGAUGGACCCGGGGCGGAUCGAGAAUUUGAAGAACAUCUUCCGGAACGAUCUGUGGCAGGAGAGUCGACAGGAUUUGCACAUUAUAUUCAUGGAUUCGGCCAUUAAGCUGGGCGCCAGGUUGCCAUUGAGACCGCAACAGCGCGAGGGGGUGGUUGUCCAUCUUGGAAGCAGGGCUGACUUUUCUGGUAGAUUGUUGGAGCUGCAGGAGGAGGUCAAACCGCUGUACAAAAUUGCGUCGUGCAAUUAUAAGAGGACGUCGGUGCAGACUACGUUCGAGAACUCGGGAUUCAAGCUGGAUUGGUGCGCUUUCAAACUGCACGCAGCAGAUGACGAUAUAACGGCCAUGCCCCAUCAUCCGCACGAAAGCCAUCGCCCGGCCAAGGGUUCCGAGCUGAGCAACCUCCGCCGGUCGGACAAAUGGGACGCUCCGAUGAAGUCCGAAGUGCCGGAGCGAAACUACAGCGACGAGUUUGCCGUGUCGUUUGCCAUCCCCGGAAUGAUCUUUGCCGUUCUGUUGUCGGUGCUGACGGUGAUCUUGUGCUUCCAGCACGAGAAGUUGCGUGACGACGAUUCAGAAUAUUAUUUCGAUUUUCUCUUUAACAUUUGUACAGAUUUCUUCAGAUUGAAAAAAUCUUACAGACAUGAAUACCGUCCUGCCCAACCGGUGCAAAUGGUUCAGUACUCUCAACCUGUUCAACCGACUGGAACACUCAAGAGCUUGAAGGAUGCUCCUCCGCCGGAGGAAAAUCUCAGUCUUAGAUCCACGAGCCCCUCGGAGAGCUACUAUCGCGAUGGCAGUCCCAGGAUUGGAAAUUCCUAUCUGCGUCCGAAACCGCCACCAUACAAACCGACGGGUGGAUCGAACAGUUCCACCAUGCAGCGGAAGGCCCCGAUCGGAGUGGACAUAUGACCGGUGGAGCCUCGGGUUUUGUUCUGCUGAAUCGGCGAUACUGCGAUCAUGAAUUAUCAAUCGACAAGAUAUUAGUAAAAAAUAGUAGUAACAUUCACAGAAAUCGUUAUCACUUGAACGUACUAACUGAAAAAACUUCCAUGAUACGAAUGUGUAAGAAUCGACCAUAAAAAUAGCAAUCUCCCAAUAAUAAAAACUGACAUAUCUAAGAAACACCCCAUGUUUUCGAUAAGUAUGAUACAAUAAAGUUCUUGUUUGCGAUUUGUGCAACUCAUCA